CUGCGUUAGUCUUCAAUUAACAAUUUGUCGAUAUGUCUGGACGUGGCAAAGGAGGAAAGGUUAAGGGAAAGUCAAAGACCCGUUCAACAAGAGCUGGGCUUCAGUUCCCCGUUGGUCGUAUUCAUCGUCUACUACGCAAAGGAAAUUAUGCCGAACGUGUCGGUGCUGGAGCUCCAGUUUACCUAGCUGCAGUAAUGGAGUACUUGGCUGCUGAGGUUCUUGAGUUGGCAGGCAACGCCGCUCGUGACAACAAGAAAACUAGGAUCAUCCCUAGACAUCUCCAGUUGGCCAUUCGUAACGACGAGGAGUUAAACAAGCUUCUGUCAGGAGUUACCAUCGCUCAGGGUGGUGUGCUGCCCAACAUCCAGGCGGUUCUUCUUCCCAAGAAGACUGAGAAAAGCAGUUCUUAAAUUGGAUCUCAUCCAUUAUAACCAAAUCGGCCCUUUUCAGGGCCACCAAAUAUUUUUCCGAAGAAUACUCAAUCUUGUUCUGUCAACACUUUGAAUACGUGUUAUGCA